AUGUGGCUGAAGCCCGAGGAGGUGCUGCUGAAGAACGCGCUGAAGCUGUGGCUGAUGGAGCGGUCCAACGAGUACUUCGUGCUGCAGCGGCGCCGGGGCCACGGGGAGGAAGGCGGCGGGGGGCUGACAGGCCUUCUUGUUGGGACCCUUGAUUCAGUCUUGGACUCUACGGCUAAAGUGGCUCCAUUUCGCAUUCUGCAUCAGACACCAGAUUCACAAGUUUAUUGGUCUAUUGCCUGUGGAGCCAGCAGAGAAGAAAUAACAAAACAUUGGGAGUGGUUGGAACAAAAUAUAAUGAAAACCUUGUCUGUGUUUGACUCAAAUGAAGAUAUUACUAGCUUUGUACAAGGAAAAAUAAGGGGAUUGAUUGCUGAAGAAGGGAAAGGUUCUUUUGUAAAGGAAGAUGAUCCUGAAAAGUUUCGAGAAGCAUUGCUGAAAUUUGAAAAAUGUUUCGGAUUAGCAGAGCAAGAGAAGUUGGUGACUUAUUAUUCAUGCAGCUAUUGGAGAGGAAGAGUUCCUUGUCAGGGAUGGCUGUAUCUUAGUACCAACUUCUUGAGUUUCUAUUCUUUUUUGUUGGGAUCAGAAAUAAAACUCGUUAUCUCCUGGGAUGCGAUCUCAAAACUUGAAAAGACAUCCAAUGCCAUCCUGACAGAGAGUAUUCAUGUGUGUACCCAGGGGGAGGAUCACUACUUUUCGAUGUUUUUGCACAUUAAUGAAACGUUCCUUCUUAUGGAGCAGCUGGCAAACUAUGCCGUAAGGAGACUUUUUGACAAAGAGACAUUUGAAAAUGACCCAGUCCUCCGAGAUCCUCUACAGAUCACCAAGAGGGGUCUGGAAAACCGAGCCCACAGUGAGCAAUUUAAUGCAUUUUUUAGGUUACCCAAAGAAGAGACUUUGAAGGAAGUACAUGAAUGUUUUUUGUGGAUACCUUUCAGCCACUUCAAUACUCAUGGGAAAAUGUGUAUUUCAGAAAACUACAUCUGCUUUGCAAGCCAGGAUGGCAAUUUGUGCAGUGUAGUUAUUCCAUUAAGAGAGGUCUUAGCUGUAGAGACAACAGAUCACUCCAACAAAGCCGUCAUCAUUUGUAUCAAAGGAAAAACAGCCUUUCGGUUCACUGAGAUUAGAGAUUUUGAACAGCUGGUAGCAAAACUGAGGCUUAAGUGUGGAGCAUCCUCAAGUCCACAGCAUGAUACUGUCAGCCCAGAGGUUGCCAUUAGUUCGGAGACGGACAGUGCACCAGAUUCCUAUGAGGGCCGACUUGGGGCUGGUCAGAAAGACUGCAGCAAGACUGUGAACACAGAAGCUUUAAUGACAGUAUUUCAUCCUCAGGAUUUGGAAAAUCUUGAUUCUAAAAUGUUGAAAGAAAAGAUGAAGGAGCAGUUGUGGAACAUACUCUUUGUGGAAUGUGGCCGUGGAGUUAGUAUGUUUCGGACAAAAAAGACUCGGGAUUUGGUCGUAAGAGGGAUUCCUGAGACCUUAAGGGGAGAACUGUGGCUGCUCUUUUCAGGGGCUGUCAAUGACAUGGCUUCCCACCCUGGCUAUUAUGCUGAAGUGGUAGAGCGAUCUUUAGGCACAUGUACCUUGGCAACUGAUGAGAUUGAGCGUGAUUUACGUCGCUCCCUGCCCGAGCACCCAGCCUUCCAGAGCGAUACUGGCAUAUCAGCCCUGAGGAGAGUUCUUACUGCCUAUGCCUUCAGGAAUCCCAAAAUCGGAUACUGCCAGGCGAUGAACAUUUUGACAUCUGUGUUACUUCUGUAUGCUAAAGAGGAAGAAGCCUUCUGGCUACUGGUGGCCGUGUGCGAAAGAAUGUUGCCUGAUUAUUUUAAUCGACGAAUUAUUGGUGCCUUGGUGGAUCAAGCCGUCUUUGAGGAACUUAUCAGGGAUCACCUUCCUCAGUUGACUGAGCACAUGAUUGAUAUGACCUUCUUUUCUUCAGUCUCUCUGUCCUGGUUUCUCACCCUUUUUAUCAGUGUGUUGCCUAUUGAAAGUGCAGUCAAUGUUGUAGACUGCUUCUUCUAUGAUGGAAUAAAGGCCAUUUUGCAGCUGGGUUUGGCAGUGCUUGACUACAAUAUGGACAAGCUGUUGACUUGUAAAGAUGAUGCCGAAGCGGUGACCAUUUUAAACAGGUUUUUUGACAAUGUCACGAACAAGGAUAGUCCAUUGCCUUCAACUGUUCAGCAGGGUUCAAACACGAGUGAUGCCAAAAGUUCUCACACUAAAGUGGAUGUUACAGAUUUGAUCAGAGAGUCCAAUGAAAAAUAUGGUGAUAUUCGAUACGAGGAUGUACAUAGCAUGCGCUGCCGAAAUAGGCUUUAUGUGAUACAAACCUUGGAGGAUACUACAAAGCAAAAUGUGCUACGGGUUGUGUCACAAGAUGUAAAAUUCAGUCCUCGUGAUCUGGAAGAACUUUAUGACCUGUUUAAGAAAGAACAUUUUUAUUCUUGUUACUGGAGUUUAAAUAGUCCAGUAUUGAAGCAUCACGACUCAAGUCUGCCAUAUUUAGAGCAGUAUCAAAUUGAUUGCCUUCAGUUUAGAGUCUUGUAUCACCUCUUGAGCCCCUGGUCUUAUUCUGCAAACAGGGAUUCUCUAGCUUUAUGGACAUUCAGAUUGCUGGAUGAAAACUCUGACUUCCUUAUAAACUUCAAAGAAUUCUCCUGUGCUUUAGAUAUAAUGUAUAAUGGAAGUUUUACUGAAAAGCUUAAGCUUCUCUUUAAGCUGCAUAUACCUCCAGCUUUCACUGAAGUGGAAUCUCAAAGUCCUUCCAAAGGAACUGAACUUUCAAAAGAAGAACUGAUUCACUUCAGUCAGCUCCAUGUUUCCUCAUCUGCAGAUGACCACGGAUCAGACUCUAUGCAGAAGAGCCCAGAGAAAGGUAAAGGAAAGGUUGAUAUUCAGGCUUAUCUCAAGCAGUGGCAAGAUGAGCUUCUCAAAAAAGAAGAAAACAUCAAGGAUUUACCCCGAAUGGACCAGUUACAGUUUAUUCAGUUCUCAAGGACUCUGUAUAACUUAUUCCAUGGGGACCCAGAAGAGGAAUUGCUCUACCGGUCAGUAGCAGUUGUAACCAGCCUCUUGCUCAAGAUGGAGGAAGUUGGAAGAAAGCUGCAUAGUCCACUGUCACCAGUAGAAGACUCCUCGGCUGAAGCUGGGGAGAGACUGCAAGAUAACGCCAUCCAACAAGCUACAAAAGGACUGUCUUCUCCCGGAGAAGAACAUGAGUGGUCAUUUGCUUUUGAGCAAAUCCUUGCCUCCUUGCUCAAUGAGCCUGUACUGGUGAGGUUUUUUGAGAAACCAGUUGACAUAAAGGCCAAGUUAGAACAUGCAAAAAGUUCACAACUAAGGGCCAGGACUAGGGUGUAAAUUAUUUGACUUGCAUUGUUACUGGGAUAGGCAAGUUUACCACAAUUCAUUCGGUUGGUUUGACUUCAAAGAGGGAGUGGUGCAUAGGGGUUUAGUUUUCAUUACCCACCAUGGCUGAAGGAGAUUGCAAUAUCUGGAAGCACAAUCACAUUUGCUGUAAGGUUCUUGAAACUGAACAGUCAUAAAGACAAAGCACUUUUUAAAACAUUUCACACAAUAUGCAAUAUAAGCAACUUAACCUAAAUUCUCCCCUUGGAGGGCACUACUAUAUCACUUCCUGUGAAUAAUUUACUGUUGACACACCAUUACACAUGGAUUAGUUAGAUUCUGACUUUGUGUUGUUACUGCAUUUUAGUACUAUUGAUGCUGAUUUUAGUGAAUCAAUAGAAACAUCACAGUUUCUAAUUGUGUGAACACUUCAGCCUUGUGUAAUUUACAAGUCAAAGUGCUUUAGAGAAUAGAGUUACAGCCUUAAUUCUUGCCUUUGGGGGUUUCCUCCAUUUAACUGGAUUACUAUUGUAAUUUGUUAAAGCAAUUAGAGUUUAUCUUCAGAUGACUUGUUUGUGAGUAACCUCUGUCACCUGAAAACUUAGUUUUUUCAAACUCCUGUAAGUAUAGGUGCAUAAAGUCCCCCUGCCCCUUUUUCCCUAUUGCUAUUCCAAACCCCUACCUUCUGGAAUGUUUACUUUGGAUAUUUGAAGCCAGUAGGAAUUUUCACUGUGAAGAGGGGAAGGGGUUUGAUACUUAUCUUGAUCUAAGUAGAUUUAGGUCAGCCACACUUAUGUCUGGCUGGUUAGCAUCUGAAGUUGCAACCUUAGAGUUAUCCACUUAAAAUACCUGAGAGAAAAGGGAAUAAAACUAAUGUCCAUGCCUUUUUGUGGGAUGACAGGUGCUAAAAACCAUUGAAUCUGUCCUUUUUCCAUGUUUCCCUGCUACAGGAUAAAAGAUUUCUCACCUCUAAACUGAUGACAUUGCAUCACUGCUAAAUCAACCUCCAAAAGAUUGACAGUAACUACUUGUAAUUUACAAUUGUCAUUAGAUGGGAGAAUACUCACUGUGGUCUCUGUCUUGAGUAGUUCAUGCCCAUUUUGGACAGACAUCCUUAAUCCCUGAUCUGGAUUCAUGUUAACACAAACUUUCAACAUUAGUUUUGGUCCUGAUUGAUAUAUCUGUGUCUGUAAUAGAAUUUUGAGUACUUUAUCCUGUUUGCAUGCAAAAGCAACAGCAAACAUCUGGCAUGUUUUGCUCUAGGGUACAUGACAUAGAUGUACAAUCCAGUUCUCCACAUUUAUUCUGCUUUAGUUAUACAAAUAAUUCCUUGCCCUGCUGUUGUUAGCAUAUCUUUUUUUCAAAGAAGUCUUCAAAGUUGUUUCUGAUCAUAGCAGUUUUCUAACAUCUAAUGUCACCACUUAAAAUCAAAGACUCCUUUUAUCAUUCAACUUUAAAAACCACCUUUAUCGGGCUUAGUGUAGUACCCCAUUCAUACAUCUAAAAAGUAAAGAUAUUUUUCUAUUUUUAGUCUUUUCACAAUUAAAAAAGUAAAGGGCAAUUGCAUUUAUCAUUUCAGAAUCUAUUUUUGAAAAAUGUAGCCUUUGAAAUCCAGCACUUGAAAUUUAACUAUUGUAUAAUUCCAAUACAGUUGACAAUACUUACUAUGGUAAUAAUAUAUUUGUAGACAUCUGGUUAAUUUAGAGAAAAAAACUGCAUGAUGAAAUCACCUUUGCUUUCUUUCAAAAAUAAAAUUAGUAGAAAAACACCUAAACUUCCUAGUUUAGGUAAAAGCUAUUCAAAAGUUUUUUGUUACAGAAUGCCAUACAUUUUAUUGAAAUUUAAGUUUCAAGUAAAGUACCUCACGUUUUCUUAAAGUUCCUUUUGAUAUUUUAACAUGGAAAUAAAUUGGGGGAGGGUGGAGUAAGUUAUAUUCUAAAAAUUAGAGAUGCAGGUUAAAACAGUUUUUUUGGAGGGUUGUGGUUGAAAACAAGUUUUCUUUGCUAUGGAUACAAUUUUUUUAUGUACAAAAAUUAAAUAUCCAGUUCUGUAAUAUAUAAUUGCAAAAACCAUGAUAAGAGAAACUCACACUGUAGUACUGUCUGGUGCUGCAUGCAGUGUGUCUUCUAAUUGCCUCACGUUGUCAUGCAGAUGUUCUCACCCUGUCACAAAGCAGAAACAUUUGUCAUGGCAGAACUGAAUAUAAAGGAUUAUUCAUCCUUAUUAAACAAAACUUUAUACUAAAAUAUAGCCCUCAUAAAAAGUUUUAUUUCAACCCACUAGUUUAUGGAGGAUGAGUUUCCUCAAAUAUAGACUUUUUUUAUUUGUCACUUAAGCCUUACAGUCUAUUAAACUGUAAAGAGUUUAAUGACAGGAUGUUUUGUCCUCAUUAGGAUCCAUGACAAAAUUUCUAGAGCUUUCUGAGAAUCGAACCUGAAAGCUGAUGCCAGUGUCGUCAUCCUGCAAUUUAAGCAACUCUAAAUUGAAUUGGGAUAACUUUUUUUUGUCAUAUCUUAAAAUCCCUUGAAUUCCUUAACUAUUUGAGUGUUCUGCCUCAACUCUGAAUGUCUAAAAUGGCAUUUAUAAAAAAAUCCUUUUUCAACUAUUUCAGUUGUACUAACUAAUGACAAAUUAUUAAUGCCCCUCCCCCCCCAGGAGUAUUUCAGAUCAGUAUUUUUAGCAGCUGGACUCUUCAAAAAUCCAUGUAUUUUGUGGGUACAAGAUAUUAAUCAAACUUUGCAGAAGUUUAGGAAAACAUAUUUGAUAUUCUAAUUACCAUUUUUUCCUUCAGUGAGUAUAUUUUGUUUGCUUUAGAUUUUUCUAUUAUGGCUUUGAAUUUGCACUAUAAGGGGUCCUACAAAUACAAGCACAUGGACACUGCAUUGUGGUUUUCUGGAUAGCCUAUCUUUGACAUUAAAAAUGAUACAUUUCAGAAAAGAAUGUUAACAAGUGCUUUGUUACACAAUGAAGACACAGUUACCUUUUCAGCUUCCCUAGGAUGCAUUCUAUGGAUCUUCCACCCUCCCCUUAAGAAUGGGGGAAAUGAUGUUCAAAGGUUUGAGAUUCCACUGCUUGUCUCCAGCUGCGUUAGACUCUUCCUCAAAAUAUCUGAUAGGCCAAGAGCACCCUGUAAAAUUAUCUGGAUAUUCUAGCAAGUUUUCUAAAAAAACAUUUGAGCUUGUACGGACUUGAUCUUAAAUGUUCUCUCCAAGCAUACAUUGUUUUCAUUUUACCAAUCACAGCUUUACCAGUGUGAUAAUGAAGAAAAGAAUCAGACAUCUGAUAUUAGUGAUGAUGGGUAAUAUUCUCAACCUCUAUUAAAUUUGUUGAACUUGUGGGUCCAUGAUUCUUCAUAUAAUAUAAUCAUAUAAUAUAUUCAUAUACGAAUAUUAUAUAUGAAUAUAUAAUAUUCAUAUAAUCCUUCAUAUAAAGGAAGAAUAUCCAUAUUUUAGAAAAGUAGUAUUUUCAUUAAAGGGAUUUAGGACAAAAAGAAUCACACCUACACCUUACUGCACUUUAUGAACAUGAAGUGGCUUAAAACAAUAUUAAUUUGUAGAAAAAUAAAAUUCCUAAUCUAUUUUGUAAUAUAGUUGCACUUUUCAUAUUAUGUUUCAUUUGAUUAGUACCUUGGUUAUGAACCAAACUUUUUCCUUAAUGAUUACUGUUUUGUUGAGAGGAGAUUGUUUUAAUGCAUUAUAUAACUGAGAAUGCAAAAUGUAUGACAGGCACCUUUUUGGCUUCUUAGACAAGGUACCUUUAGCAGAAAUGAGUACUAGAUAAAAUGUUUAAUAAAGUAGUUUGU